AGACAGGCAAUGGCAAUGAAGGAACAGAUAUAUUUUAUGCUGAUGAGGGUCAGAAUGGCUCCUCCUCUUCCUCUGGUCUUUCUGUUCAUGAUUCACGGGGUUUCUAGUGCUGAUUGGGGUGUGAGUUACAGUCCUCCACACAUCUGUGCAGUAAACGACUCAACAGUGAUAAUGAGAUGCACUUAUACAUACCCUACUGGAUAUAAGAUCGAGAAAGUGUUCUGGACAAAAGGCCCAUUACAAAUGGGUGUUGAGCCUCCAGAUCUGUCUAAUGACCCUGAAUACAGUCAGAGGCUUCAGUAUCUGGGAGAUAAACAGCAGAACUGCACCGUCAGACUGAGUCAUGUGACACUGGAGGAUUCACGCAUGUACUAUUUCAGAUUCAAAACUGAUAAACCUAAUGGAACAUGGAUUGGUAAACCAGGAGUGAAUCUUACUGUAACAGAUCUUCAGGUGGAGUCUCCUGAGAGAGUGACAGAGGGAGAUUCAGUCAGUCUGACAUGUAAAAGCAGCUGCGCUCUGACUGACAGAGCAACAUUCAUCUGGUACAGAAACUCACUGAAGAUAUUAACUGAGAGUAAAUUCAGGAACACACUCAUCCUCAAUCCAGUCAGAAGAGAGGAUUCAGGCAGAUAUAGCUGUGCUGUAGACGGACACACACACGUCUCUCCUGAUGUUCACCUCAAUGUCAUGUAUCCUCCCAGAAACGUCUCAGUGUUGAUAAAUGGAUCUGGUGUAAUAGUGGAGGGAGAUUCAGUGACUCUGAACUGCAUCAGUGACUCAAAUCCUCCUGCUGUGAACUUCAGCUGGUUUAAAGGAGGAACGAUUGUAGGAUCUGGAAGAAUCUUCAGCAUCUCAAAGAUCAGAUCUGAUGACAGUGGAGAAUACAAGUGCAAGUCCAUCAAUGAACAUGGACAGAAAUACUCUGAUACUGUGACUUUAAACGUCAUGUAUCCUCCCAGGAGCGUCUCAGUGUCCAUCAUUCAGUCUGGUCAGAUCUGGGCAGGAGAUUCAGUGACUCUGAAGUGCACCAGUGACUCAAACCCUCCUGCUGUGAACUUCAGCUGGUUUAAGGAGAAUGAAAGCUCAGCUGUUGGAUCUGGACAGAGUUUCAGUGCACUACAGAGUGGACGCUUCUACUGUCAGGCUCACAAUCAACAUGGAUCUCAGAGAUCAGACGCUGUAACUGUCACAGUUCAUCAUGUUGCUGGUAGGAAUGUGAUUGUGACCACAGCGACAUCUGGAGGAGUAUUCAUCAUCAUCAUCAUCAUCAUCAUCAUCCUGAUUAUACUAAAGAAACGAAGGAGUGUUAAAGCUGAAGAUCACAGAGAGAAAGAGUCUCUUUCUGAACCGGAUUCAGUCGGUGACGCUCAGUAUGCCAGUGUGAAACCCAAAAGAUUUAGAGGAAAAACUCCUGAAUCCAGAGACACUGAGGAGGUCCAGUACGCAACUGUCCAACAUCACAGAAAGACCGAGACGAAGAGCGCAGAGGAGAAUGAAAGUCAAUGUGAUGAAAUAAGAGAUCAUGAGCCGGAUCCUGCAGUGAGUACCAGCUUAACCAGUACCAACUUAACCAGUGCCAGUUUAACCAGCACCAGCUUAACCUGCACCAGCUUAACCAUCACCAGUUUAACCCGCACCAGCUUAACCAGUACCAACUUAACCAGCACCAACUUAACCAGUGCCAGUUUAACCAGCACCAGCUUAACCAUCACCAGUUUAACCCGCACCAGCUUAACCAGUAUCAGCUUAACCAGCACCAACUUAACCAGUAUCAGCUUAACCAGAGUGAUGGUGAUAGGAAUGUUGGACCAACUUAACCAGUAUAAACUUAACCAGCAUAAACUUAACCAUUACCAGCACCAACUUAACCAGUAUAAACUUAACCAGCAUAAACUUAACCAUUACCAGCACCAACUUAACCAGUAUAAACUUAACCAGCAACAACUUAACCAUUACCAGCACCAACUUAACCAGUAUAAACUUAACCAGCAACAACUUAACCAGCAUAAACUUAACCAGCAACAACUUAACCAUUACCAGCACCAACUUAACCAGUAUAAACUUAACCAGCAACAACUUAACCAUUACCAGCACCAACUUAACCAGUAUAAACUUAACCAGCAACAACUUAACCAGCAUAAACUUAACCAGCAACAACUUAACCAGUACCAGCCCCAACUUAACCAGUAUAAACUUAACCAGCAACAACUUAACCAUUACCUGCACCAACUUAACCAGUAUAAACUUAACCAGCAACAACUUAACCAGCAUAAACUUAACCAGCAACAACUUAACCAUUACCAGCAGCACCAACUUAACCAAUCAUUUGGUGCUGUUGAUCUGAUGAACUUCAACACGAUAUAUUUUAUGCUGAUGAGGGUCAGAAUGGCUCCUCUUCUUCCUCUGGUCUUUCUGCUCAUGAUUCACGUCUGUGUUUCAGGGGUUUCUAGUGCUGGUUGGGGUGUGAGUUACAGUCCUCCACACAUCUGUGCACUAAACGACUCAACAGUGAUAAUGAGAUGCACUUAUAAAUACCCCCGUACUGGAUAUAAGAUCAUGAAAGUGUUCUGGACAAAAACACCGGUAAAAUAUAAUGGAGAAUUUCCAGAUCUGUCUAAUGACCCUGAAUACAGUCAGAGGCUUCAGUAUCUGGGAGAUGAACAGCAGAACUGCACCGUCAGACUGAGUCAUGUGACACUGAAGGAUUCACACAUGUACUAUUUCAGAUUCAUCACUGAUAAACCUAAUGGAAAAUGGAUUGGUGUUCCAGGAGUGACUCUUACUGUAACAGAUCUUCAGGUGGAGUCUCCUGAGAGAGUGACAGAGGGAGAUUCAGUCAGUCUGACAUGUAAAAGCAGCUGCGCUCUGACUGACAGAGCAACAUUCAUCUGGUACAGAAACUCACUGAAGAUAUUAACUGAGAGUAAAUUCAGGAACACACUCAUCCUCAAUCCAGUCAGAAGAGAGGAUUCAGGCAGAUAUAGCUGUGCUGUAGACGGACACACACACGUCUCUCCUGAUGUUCACCUCAAUGUCAUGUAUCCUCCAAAGAACAUCUCAGUGUUGAUAAAUGGAUCUGGUGUAAUAGUGGAGGGAGAUUCAGUGACUCUGAAGUGCAUCAGUGACUCAAACCCUCCUGCUGUGAACUUCAGCUGGUUUAAGGAGAAUGAAAGCUCAGCUGUUGGAUCUGGACAGAGUUUCAGUGCACUACAGAGUGGACGCUUCUACUGUCAGGCUCACAAUCAACAUGGAUCUCAGAGAUCAGACGCUGUAACUGUCACAGUUCAUCAUGUUGCUGGUAGGAAUGUGAUUGUGAUCACAGCGACAUCUGGAGGAGUAUUCAUCAUCAUCAUCAUCAUCAUCAUCAUCAUCAUCCUGAUUAUACUAAAGAAACGAAGGAGUGUUAAAGUUGAAGAUAUCAAAGAGAAUGAUCUCUAUUCUGAUGCGUCACAGGGAGUUUCAGUCCAUGACAAGCCUCUUUCUGAACCGGAUUUGGUCAAUAACGCUCAGUAUGCCAGUGUGAAACCCAAAAGAUUUAGAGGAAAUUCUGAUCCUGAAUCCAGAGACACUGAGGAGGUCCAGUACGCAACUGUCCAACAUCACAGAAAGACCGAGACGAAGAGCGCAGAGGAGAAUGAAAGUCAACGUGAUGAUAUAAGAGUUCAUGAGCCGGAUCCUGCAGUGAGAUCAGAUGUACAAACUGUGGAAGAUCCUUCAGUAAUCUACAGCGCCGUUAAAUGAGUGACAGAGUAUUAUGUAGUAUAAUGUAUAAUGUCAGUGUUUUAUAAAGAGUUUCCACUUCCUGUUUUACUCUGUAUGUUCUUAAAGGGGUGGUAUAACUAUAAUUC